AUGAUGCGACGAUUCUCUAUACCAUGUCUGAGUAUAUUGAUUGCGGUCCUCAUAUUCGUCUCCCGGGCAGUGAGUGAGCCCGUGCAGUACUGCCGAUUCGGCCAUGAGAAUGGCCCCGAUGCUUCCGUCGACUUUUGCGUGGGGAUUACCACGUACAACAAUGUAUCAUCAAACGAAUAUGACAUGUACAUGAGUAUGCAUGUUACUAGAAGUUCGGCGCUAGGAUGGACUGCACUCGGGACGGGGUCCAUGAUGGCAGGUUCGCUAAUGUUUAUCGUCUACGGAGAUCCUUUUUCUACUGGCCAUGAAGCUCUGACAGUGAGCAUCCGAACGAUUGACGGUCAUCAUCAACCUCGAGUCCUCACCGAAGCCGAUACUGGAGGGGCAGAUAUCCGUCUCCUCCAGGCCGAUUGGGUUCCUGUUAAUGUCACAGAUGUUGAUGAUUCGCAGACCAUUCCUUCAAACAUAGCCUCGGUCUCUACUGCGAAAGUAGCACUUGUGUGCUAUUCAUGCGGGAAGUGGCCUGGUGCUCCAAUAACUGCCGAUGCUACCGCCCAACCCUGGAUUUGGGCGUGGAAUGAUAAGCAGGAAUUUGACGAGUACUCAGACGACGUCCAUCUAAAGGUGCACGGACACCAUGCAUCAAGUGGCGGCUGGGGUCGUUUCUACGUUGACAUGGCGCACUCUAUCAGCAAUGACACAUCCACACCCUCAUCGCCUCCAAUUAGACCUGGUGUUACUUCAGUCGGCGCCUCGGAUAUCCCCGGUGGAUGGAAUUGGAUGAAUCCGGCUGUCUAUAUUCACGGAUUUCUCAUGAGUGCUGCCUUUCUGAUCUUCUUCCCGGCCGGUGUAAUUGCGAUGCGGUCAGAGUCACCUAAAUCGUUCCGCUAUCAUUGGAUCCUACAGCUGCUCGCCUCGAUUUUCGUCUUGAUCGGCACAGCUAUAGGGCUUAUUCGAGCACACAAGAUCGACUCGGUUCAUCAUUAUAUCGGGAUUAUCGUGGCAUUGUGCAGCAUCGUCCAAAUAGGGCUAGGCUGGCGUCACCAUGUUGUUUUCGUUCGUAUACAAACACGCCAGUGGGCCUCCCACGGCCAUAUAUGGCUCGGGCGUCUGUUUCUAUUGCUAGGCUGGGCAAACAUCAUUAUCGGAUUGCUUCUAACUGGCCACGGAUGGUCUUUGGUUUCUCUUGCUGCCAGUUUUAUCUCUCUUGUUGCUUUGGUCUUGGUAGGCUGGGUUUGGUUUGCUACACGUCAGCGUAAGCAGCGUGAGCGCCAACCCGAUGGGGAAGAGGGGAACCCUCUGUACCCUCUACAGGCAACACGGGACGACUACUUUGCUGUGGCUAUGGAUGACGACGAUGAUAACGAGUCCCAAACCAGUGGCGAAGAUUCGGAAACCGUCAAGAUACGCAAGUCUGAUGUCGAGUGA